UUGCUAGCAAAAAUAGAUCAUGGGCAAUUUAGUAAUGUCAGUGUUCAUAUAAUUUUAUGUAUGAAAUGAAAAAAAGUUAACCGGCCCGGUUCAACAUAGUUUAAAAAGCUGUUUGUUUGUUACGAAAAUACCCCUGAAUUGACGUCGUAUUUGUAUAGGCUCUCUCUCUGCUCAUUCGUUCAUGGUUUCUCAACAGUCAACACACCCUUGUUGAAAAAUGAAAAUGGAUUCGGUUGUAAAACCGUCAAUAUAUACUCUCUCUCUCCUAACCCCUCUCUCUCACUCACUCUUUCCCAACACACCCUUGAUUAGGGUUUCAGUACAAAUCGGAAAGAGGGAGAAGAUAGAACCCCACCUGAAAACGAAAUUACAUGCAAAACCACAUUUUUUUCUGCUUCACUUCAAGGUAAAUUACUUAGGGUUUUAACAAAUCGGGUUGGUUGUUCUUUUACCCCUUUCAUGAAUUGCGAUCCAUGUUACUGCAAUUUCAUGGUGGAUGAAUGGUUGUGGUGUUUUUGCGGCCGAUUGUUUGGUAGCCCUAUUACCAACUGUUUUCUGUGGUUUUCCUGAGGGUCAAGUUAGGACUGAAUUGCGCGAACCCGAGGAAAUUGGUGGUGUGGAAAUGGCUGUGCAGGUGAAUGAAGGUGCGACUGAAAAUGGUGGUGUGGAGAAGCCGGUGGAGAGACAGUCGGGGGCGUCGAUGAUAGAGCAACUGAUGCCUGAGAUCACUACGCAUGCCCUGAGUUACUUGGAUUAUCGGAGCCUCUGUCGCCUCUCCAUGACAAAUUCGCACAUGCGCAAAGCUGCCAAUGAUGACAAUGCCUGGAAGGCGCUUUACCGUAAGGAUUUCACUUCGGAACAAGACAAUGUAACCCCACCUAAUGGGUGGAAAGCAUAUUAUGCUGCUACAAGAGCUGUUGUUACUGCAAAUGCUGAAUUUUUUCGGAGGGUCAGGGAAAGAUUGGUUCAAGGUAUGCGUCAAUUUUGGCUUCAUGCUGAUUACGUGAAGUGUUUCCACCCAAAUGGGGACUCAUUUAGUGGUUACAAUGCAGUAAUGGGGAGCUGGCAGAUAUUACUUGGCAGGGAGGAUGUGGCUGCUUUCCAGAUACAAGAUGUGAGGGUUCGUGUAAUGUCAAAUGUGGCUUGGAUGACGAUGAAAGUGUAUCAUGAGAUCGUACCUGGUCUGUUCAAUAUGACGAAUAUAUAUGAAUUGCACGAUGGAAGAUGGUACAUGGUGCAUUACCACUGCUCGGAGUUUGUGUGGCUUGGAGGAGGUGGGCAUGGCCAUGGGCAACAACCUGUGCAUGUGUGAAGGAUAACAGAAUUAAUUCAUCAUAGUUGAAAGAAAGAUGUAUUAGGGGAAUUUUAUGAGCUACUUAGUAUUUUUUUUCUUCCCCUCUCGGCUGAUUUUAUGACAAAAUGCAUGCACAGAGCAACUUUUCUUCUUC